GUCUUGCGCGCGCUUUCUGUCGUCUCUUGCGUGCCUGCGUUUGACCGUCUGCGUCGCCAUAAUUGCUUUAUCGUUGCUUGCCCGCGUCCCCAUCAUUGCUCGACCGUUAGAGGUGGACGGCUGGACCUCGACCGCCCGUACGCUCGGUUUUUUUGCGUCGCGGGUGUUGUGGGCGUCCGUUGGGCGAUGUACGCAUUUGUAAAGUUUACCGACGGUGGCCGACUGGUUAUGCCGAUCUCGAUGAUAAAGAAGUUUAGGCCUAGGGAUGAUCAAGACUGCAACCCAAAACAAAAGCUUGAAGCGUUCUGGAUCUCUGAGAAAGGAGGGGAAGAAGGCUACUACGAAGCGACGGUGGAGAUGCUUGGAGGGACAGUUGAACUUCUCAUCCAAAAAAUGCAGAAGGCAAGAGUAGCAGUGCCAAGGAUUCUCAACAACCUCCCUGAAGGUGGAGUUGGAGACUCCAUGCAGAAGAAGUGGCCCGUAAGAAGGCUUCACAGAACGGAGCUGCAGUGUCCCUUGGUCGUCGAGCUUCAAACAGCCGCGAUGGCUUUGAUCUUGCUUCUACAUCACACUCGGGUCAUCAAGCUUCGAACAUUCUCGAUGGGUCUGAUCUUGCUUCUACGUCCCACUUGGGUCGUCAUGCUUCGAACAGCCGCCAUGGGUCUGAUCUUGCUUCUACGUCGCACUCGGGUCGUCAUGCUUCGAACAGCCGCCAUGGGUCUGAUCUUGCUUCUGCGUCGCACUCGGCGGCACCCUCUCUGCCUCAGCACCCUGCUCCCGCCACUGUGGCUGUCCCCCCGAUGGAUCAACACAAUGCCCCCGCCCCUGCAGCAGCCCCCCCUAUGGAUCAACACAACGUUCCAGCCCCCCCUUUGGAUCAAGAGCCCGUUCCUGCCCCUGCAGCUGUCCCCCCUUUGGAUCGCCCCGCUGCCAUCCCUGUGGCAGCACCUCCUCUGGACCAACACCCUGCCCCACCAGCGGCUCUUCCUCAACGUCCUGUUCAUGGCGAAGCUGGAAAUCUUGAUUCAUCUGGGAGACGAUGUCUACCUCUCCGAAACAAAAAUGACGCACCUUUUGAAACUGUCAAGUGACCAGAGAUUCACUAAAGAUCUCAUGCGGUGCAUCUGGUCCAUCGAACAGCUGCAGCAAAGAAGCGUGACAGGCCAAGCCAUCCGUCGCCUGGCCAAACUUGGAGCCGCAGCAAAGCAAGCACUCACACCAAGGAAGGUGGCCGCAGUAAAAAACGCCUUGAGCUACUACAUCAACCACCACCCAAACCCUGAGGCUGCCAACCCCCAAGAAGACCAUGCUGUCCGUCUGCGACAGAUUAACAAUACAAUGACGAACUUUCUUUCGGAUCUGGGCCGCCCUGCCAGGUGCCGCAGUGCAGAGUGAAUUUUUUCUGUAAAAGAAUGUUGAGUUGGGCAAGUUGGUUUAUCUUAGAUUAGAAAAGCGCCAGAAAACAAGGACAACAGCGCA